UCGAUCCCGAGGCCUUCCUCCCGGAAGUGGCGGCGCGGAGGGCCGGCUGCAGCCGCGAGGUGACGGCGGUGGAUAAUGGCGGAGGCAGCGGCAGCCAUGGGGACGGCGGCGGCGGCGGCGGUAGAAGCAGCAGCAACAACAACAACAACAACGGGAGCCGCCACCGCCACCACCACCACCACCACUGUGGCAGCCGCCGGAGCUAGCGCAGGAAUUGGUUGGACUAAGCAGGUGACAUGCAGGUAUUUCAUGCAUGGAGUUUGUAAAGAAGGAAACACCUGCCGUUAUUUCCAUGACCAUGCAACCAGCAAGCCUUCACAGAUUUGCAAGUAUUUUCAGAAAGGAUGCUGUAGCUACGGAGAACGUUGCAGGUAUGACCAUGUGAAGCCGUCAAAGCAAGGAUUGUCGGAGGUUCAGAGUGGUCCUACACCAUUGAUCCCGAAGGAUUCUGCCACAGCAUCAGCUGCUAAACUUACUCCACUUACCAAAUUAAAUGGUGAAAUGAGCACAAAAACAGCAGUGAUUGAGGAAUGCAAACCUUCAACAACAAGCUCUAAUCUGGAGGACUGGGUUAAUGCUGCAGAGUUUAUACCUGGACAGCCAUACUGUGGACGAACUGCACCAACUUACCCGGAAGCAAGAGUGGACAAGUUAAUAAUAGAAGGGAGCUCUGAGGCCCCACAAACUGGUGAAGAUGCGAAGAAACAGAUGUGCCCGUACGCAGCAGUGGGAGAGUGCCGAUAUGGUGUGAACUGUGUCUACCUCCAUGGGGAUGUGUGUGAUAUGUGUGGCCUGCAGGUUCUUCACCCCACUGAUGCCUCACAAAGAUCCGACCACAUAAAGGCUUGCAUCGAGGCCCAUGAGAAGGAUAUGGAGCUAUCUUUUGCCGUCCAACGGAGCAAGGACAUUAUAUGUGGCAUCUGCAUGGAAGUGAUAUACGAGAAAACCAAUGCAUGUGAGCGGCGUUUUGGAAUCAUGUCCAACUGCAAUCAUGCCUACUGUCUCAACUGUAUUCGGAAAUGGAGGAGCGCUAAACAAUUUGAGAACAAGAUUGUAAAAUCCUGUCCUGAGUGUCGAAUUACAUCAAAUUUUGUCAUUCCGAGUGAAUACUGGGUGGAGGAGAAGGAAGAAAAACAAAAACUCAUCAAAAAGUAUAAAGAGGCAAUGAGCAAUAAAGCGUGUCGAUAUUUUGAUCAGGGGCGCAGGACUUGUCCCUUUGGUGGCAACUGUUUUUACAGACACGCCUAUCCUGAUGGACGGCUGGAGGAGCCUCAACCACAAAGAAAGCCGAUUGGAUCAACAGGCAGAUACCGGAGCCAGCGGAGAGCACAUUUCUGGGAUUUCAUUGAAGAGAGGGAGAGUGCGGACUCCUACGAAGAUGAUGAGAUGGUCACCUUUGAGCUUGGUGAAGUGCUACUGAUGCUUUUAGCAGAUGGCCCUGAUGAUGACUUUUCAGAUUCUGGUGAUGAGUGGGACUUGUUUCAUGAUGAGAUGGAUGUUGAUUAUUACGAGUUUGACCUAUAGCACCCAUUGUAGAUUUUGGACUGUCUGUUGUUUUUUUUUAGACAGUAGCUUUUCUGUGUUGUGGCAGUGCCAUAUGUCUUAGGCAGGCCAAGCACUCUGGGUGCAGUUUCACUUUGGACGUUUGUGCAGAGUUCUUUGUCAGUAGUACAUCAAAAAAGAAACUUGUUCCUUGUAAGUUAAAUUAACUUGCUUUACUUGAGGUGAGAAGCUGGAAGAUAAAUAUAGCAGCGGGCUAUAUUUCUUUCUGUGGACUAAGAGAUGAGUUUAGGUACCUGACUUAACAUGGGGGCGUCCGACCUGGAUGGUUCUGAAAGUGAUAUUACCACUUGCAAAACCCUGAAAUCAGUGAAAAGGACCAUGUACACCGUAAUUCAUCUUCAGCUUGUGUUAUCCCAUGCCAUACUCUCUGUGUACUCCUACUGUUUUUAAAGAGGGGGUUCUGCAGUCAGUGACCUUUUUAAGAGUCGUGGUAUAAAAUAAUUAUGAUUAACAACCUUAGCCAUUUCCUGCCUUUCUAUUUUUUAAAUUUUAUAUCGUUUGUUAAUGGAGCUCAGGAACCUUGCUCGGAGCUACUGAAUACAAUGUGAAGGAGCCAUACCGUCUGUAAGUCACUGAAGUAAGCAGCCUGUCUUAUUUCUAGGCCUUUGCUCCCAGAUACUGGAUGGUUCACCAACUCCCUCCCAACAAUUCUCAUCAGUAACGUCGUCAGCGUUCAGUUUAUACAGAAAUAUUUUUUAAAGACACUCAAAUAGAUCAGAAAGAAGAGGAUGUUAAUCAGAAUUAUUUUGUGGUUCAGUUUUGAAAAAGGAUUCCACUGUUAAGAUUCCACUUUAUGUACUCUGUUCAGCAAAGGUCAUUUGCCAUGGUAAAAUGAAUUGAUGGCUUUUAUAAAAGCAGAACUAAAACUUGAAGUAGCGCUACAAUGUGAGAUUAACCUCUUCAUAUAACGUUCCUUUUAUUUAUUAACUAUUGGCUAUUCUGACUGACAUUUCAGUGUUAGUCGGCUUAUUUAAAUCCUUCAUCUAAUCUAGAUAAAAAUAAUGACAAACGAUAGGAUUACCAAAGUCGUCUUAUCCCUUUUUUGUAAAAUGCCGUCUCAUUUUAUAACUUGUUGCAAGUUUAUCUGACUGACUUCAGUUCAGAUUGCAUUUGGAUUCUUAACUUAAUAUAGGAUGUUCUUGGUGAAACUUGAUCUGCUGUUUGAGAAUGGGCAGGGUAUUUCAUAAAGUACCUAAUCAAACAAUUGCAGGUAGUGUGUGUGUAGAUAUACAGAUUCAGGCAGACUAACGCCCACCAUUCUCUCCUUUACAAAUGCUCACAUUAACUAAUUGAUGGAUUGAAAAUGCUGGGAGUCGUAAAUGAAUGAGAUUCAGUCAAAAAUACCCAUUUCUACCACCGUGUGAAAUAUUUAAUUCCACAUCCUCGGUUUCUGGCUUCAUGGUUUCUGCACAAUGUGAUCUCACUUGUAGACUGAAAAUUAGCAUACAUGUUCCUAUUCUCCUUUAGAGGAUAAUAGGAUUCUGUGAUUAUUUUAAUGAAAGCAUGAGGCUGGGCAAUUGUGGCAUGACUUGGAUAUGUGACAAGGCAAAUUUAGCCCUUUUCCCUCUUUGUGGAAGUGCACGCGAGGUCUGAUUUUGUGAAGAACUGUGCUGUUGUGAGCCUAGUCAUCUUGGGAAUGAAAAUGGAAGUAAAUGUAGAUGGUCAAAGCUGUUUGAGAUCACUUCCUCGUACCUCUCGAAAUGCAGCUGGAACCGAUGCCCUUUAAACUGUCAUUACAAGUAUAAAACAGCAUUUUUCUAAAUAAAUAUCUUUUGCUCUAAA